CGGCGAUUGGUGAGGCGGCCUCUGGAACCCCCCGCAGUAUGGGCUUCGGUGUCGCCGCCUGUGUGCUUGUAUUGGGAGUUGUUCUCUCCAGCAGCCGCCUGCAGACCCGGGCAGCCUCGUUUUAUGGCGAAAGCUAUAUUGAACAAAAAAUAGAGGAAUCCUUCACCGCGUUUUCACUUCAGCUUCGUUUUAGAACAAGCAAGCCAAAUGGAUUACUGUUCCUUGCCGCGGGUAAAAAUGACUACAGCUUGGUUCAGCUACAUUCGGGACGUAUUCAGGUAAAAAUGAAUUUUGGGGGAGAAGAACACUUUAUUGUCCUUGACCAGGGACCUCGUCUGGAUGACUUGGAUUGGCACUUCAUAGUGUUAAAUCAGGAAAAUACAGACAUGACUCUUAGUGUUGAUGAACGCUUUAGAACUAAUGUUCCGAUUACUGGAUCAUACCAACUUGAUGUGCAGCAUGGUGUUUAUGUCGGUGGACUCGGUCAGCUUAACGUGCCAUAUACAAAAAAAGUCCAUGGUUACUUCAGAGGAUGCAUGGAUGAUGUUAUAUUCAAUGGACACCAGUUACUUUCUUCCCUGAGACCAUACCCUGGCCUCAAAAGCGUUCAUGAAGUAUCUCUAGGAUGCAGCGAUGAGUUUUUUGUAAGUGAAGAAGACCCCAUUAACUUAUUCAGCUCUAAAUCCUACAUAGCCCUCCCUACUUGGAAUGUUGCUGAAGGAGGAAUCUGGGAAUGUCUUUUACAAGCCUCCGCGGGAAGAGGUUUGCUCCUAUACCAAUCUGGAACAAAUGGAUAUUUUGUCUCCGUGGAAGUACAAGACUGGCAAGUAAAAGCUCAUACUGGAAAAGGAAAAGAUAUAAUCCAAUUGUCUUCUGUCAGUCGUAUUAUAGAAAACAAGUGGCAUUCUAUUAGGCUGAAAAUCACCGAUAGGCACAUGCAUCUGACUGUUGAUGACAAAUCUGCAAAGGUUUUGCUUGCGUCUCCCAUAAAGGCUCUACAGCUCAAUGGACCGCUGUAUAUCGGGGGCGUAGAUGAUGCAUCACGUCCUCAUGUUAUAAGCUUAGGUCUAUCUGCGGUCUCUGGGAAGCAUGCAAAAGGGGGUUCGUUUAAAGGCUGUGUGAAAACCAUUAAACUUAACUCAGUGAAAUAUGGAUUAAAACAUGUACUGGCUACCAAGGAUGUCUCUCCUGGUUGCAAAACUGAAAUACCACCAAGUUCUCUUCCGGUCUUGGAAACUAAAACAACACAUUUUACAACUACUGCCCCAACUGCUGCUUUAAGUACUAGUUCUUCAGUAGUCCAACAAAAUAUCAAGGAUAGCUUCAUAAUUCUGAGUAAAUUAAUUGUCCCAGAAGGAGGCAGAGCUGCCCUUCAAUCUAAACAUAUCAAACUCAAUUUGGAUUUUAAAAAGCUGGGACUCCGACAGUCACAGGUCUCAUUUCAUGUAGUGGAGCAUCCCCAGCAUGGCCAGUUGAAGAUAGAAGUCCCGUCUCAACAAGAGAAAGAUAUGUUCACGAUGCUAGAUUUGUGGCACGGGAGAAUAACUUACCUCCAUGAUGGGUCUGAGGAGACCGCAGACCAUUUUAGUUUUUCGAUUACCACCACUAGUAAGAAUGAAAUGCCGUCAUAUCUACAAGGCUCAGAGGUACAUGUUUUUAGUAUAGCCAUCACUCCAACAAAUGAUGCACCUGAGCUUAGUCUCCCAGAAGGCAAUCUCUUUGUCUUACUGGAAAACUCUAAGAAGCCCCUCACCGGUAAUCUUAUAAAGGUUUCGGAUGUAGAUACGGGACCACAGAAUCUAAAUUUGGUGCUGCUUGGAAAUCUUAAUGUCAAUGCUGGAUAUUUGGAAAACAUUAAAAAACCUGGAGAGCCAAUAACAACAUUUUCCUAUUCAGAUUUACUUGAAGGAAAUGUCUUUUAUGCCCACCAUGGGCUCACAAACUCUAGGCUCGCGCUUAGAGUUGUUGAUGGUGACAAAGUGAGCAACACGGUGGUACUCAGAAUUUUGGCUGUACCUCUCGAAUAUAAAGUAGUAAAUAAUACUGGAGUUGAGGUAAUUCAGGGAGAAAGCUCACUAAUACUGAUAAGCAACUUGGCGGUAGAAACUAACGCUGGGAGCCAAGACAUCGAUAUUAGGUACGAUAUAACUGAAAUGCCAAAGUAUGGUCAGAUACAGAGAAGGAGCUCGGGAAGUGAAUGGAAGCCCACCACCGCAUUCACACAGCGCUCUAUGGAUCGUGAGCGGGUGCGAUACCUUAGCUCUUACAAAGAAGUCCAAGAAGCUGAUGUAAAAGAAUACUUUAAAUUUAAAGUUACCAUAGCUAAUAAGUCAAGUGAAGAAUUUCUGUUUCCUAUUCGUGUGAGGUGGCUUAAGUAUAAGUUGCUCAAAAAUGUUCCAUUAACUGUUGAAAGUACAAAGAAGACAACUCUUGGUCCAGAGAACUUAUUUGUUGCAACAGAGGGAAUCAAAAUACUAGAAGAAGAAAUGUAUUUCAAAUUACUUUCAAUGCCCAAAAAAGGAAAAAUACUUCUGGAAAAUAAGGUUCUAAAGAAAAAUGCCAGGUUCACCCAAGCAGAUAUUGAACAAGGUAAGGUGGAAUAUCAACUGAUUGACCAACCUCAUGAAGAUUCAGAUGAUUCCUUUAGUUUUGCGUUGUUUACCAAGCACGCAGAGUCAAAACACCACAAUUUUAUAAUCUACCUUAAAGCUGACCUAAACACUCUUAUUUUGACAAACAAAGGUUUGCUGUUGGCGGAAGGGGAUGCAAAGCUUUUAACGAAAGAUGAGCUUUUUGUGCAAACAAUGAAUAAUAAAACCUUCAAAUACAAGGUUUUAAAAAGCCCUCAACAUGGCAGGCUCAAACUAAUUAAUUUCUCCAACUCCCAACUGAGCAACGAUAACAUCACAGCCUUUUCUAGCCAAGAUAUCUUAAGCGAACGCCUUAUGUAUGUCCAUGAUGACUCUGAAACAACCUUUGACACCUUCACAGUUGUUGCUUCGUCUAUAGAGCCUGGGCAGGUAAAUCUUGAUGAGGAUACGGUACCCGUCCAGACGGAAUUUGUCUUUAACAUGUCUAUCGAAUUAAAGAAUGAUGAGAAACCCGUACGCGUGGUUGAUAAACUCUUUCACGUGGCUCGAAAUAGUCAGAGACUAUUAACUUUGGAAGAUUUGUGUUAUCAUGACCCAGAUACAGAUUUUAAUGAUCAGGAGCUACUGUAUACAAGACGAGGGAUUCCUAACGGAGACCUGGUAUCUGCAAAUGAUACAUCUAAAAAGCUUUACCAGUUUACUCAGGGAGACAUGGAGAAGAAGCAAGUUCUUUUUGUGCACCGCGGUAGCGAUUAUGGACGCUUUGUUCUGUUUGUAACUGAUGGAAAACAUUACACGUCAUCACUCCUGGAAGUUAGCGCAUCGGAACCCUUUGUUAAAAUUGUAAACAAUACUGGUGUCUUGGUACAGAAAGGGAAGGAGAAGACCUUGACGACGGCCAAUAUUAGUAUCGUGACAAAUCUGUACCUUACAGGUGAUGAGCAGAUUGUGUACGAUAUAACUUUACCCCCAACACAUGGAAAAAUCAUUGGGAAAAACAUGGACACUCCAUUCUUUACCCACCAGGAUCUAAAAUUGGGUUAUGUGGUCUAUAAACACGAUGACAGCAAUAAUCUCAUGGACACCUUUAACGUGACUGUAAAAGUCAAGGAUAUAAUGUUGAAUGUUGAGAUUAAAGUUCGUAUAUACUUAGAAAGCCAUCAGCAGCCACCAACACUGCUGCGUUUAAACAGCCUUGUAGUAGAAGAAGGAAGACCAGUAAAAAUUGACAAAGAAAAGUUACAAGUUAUUCAUGAAGAUAACUCGCCUGAUGAAAUACUCUUCACUGUACUUACCCGCCCUUCCUACGGAUACAUACGCAAAUUUGAAUCCUAUGAAGGUCAUUUGAGUAUGGAACCCGUUUCUCUAGUGACGUUUACACAGAAGGAUGUUAACAAUGGGAAUAUUCAGUAUGUACAGAGCGAGUCUGGUCAGCUUCAGGAUAGCUUUGAAAUGGAAGCAACCAAUGGUGUGCGAUCGAUCGGUGGGAUUACAAUGCACGUGGAUAUCAUUCCUAUCCUCAUUCCUCUGGAAGUACAGAACAUUACUGUGAAGGAAGGAGCUUCCAAAGCACUGACACCGGAGGAGCUAAGCAUCCCCAAUAAGCAUUUUGCAGGUCUCCUAUCAGAGUUUGUCUUGAUCGAUCUCCCAAAACAUGGCUAUGUGGAAAACACAAGAUUUCCUGGAACAAAGCUCUCGAGAUUUAACACAAAACAGGUUGAACAGGAGUUGAUUUACUAUGUUCACGAUGACAGUGAGACUUUGCUUGAUCAUUUUUCCAUUAUUGUGAAUAACACAGAACUUUCUAAGCAAAGUCUUCCGCAAUCCGUGUACGUAUCCGUUGUACCAGUAAAUGACGAGAUCCCUGUAAUAACAGUCAACAGGAUUUUUCGGGUUUGGGUCGGCUCUGUCACAGAGGUUACUCCUGAAGAUCUCUCUGCUGAAGAUAAGGACUCUUCCCCCGCUGGCCUUCUGUACUCCGUUACUCCACCAAGCAACGGCCACCUGGCACUCAAGUCUGAUCCUAAUAAAAGCAUCCUUAAUUUCACGCAGGAACACAUAAACGAAGGGCUUCUCGUAUUUGUGCAUAACGGAGCAAUGUCAGGGGGCUUCAACUUCCAAGUGACCGACGGGUUGAAUUUUGCACCACGGCAGAUUUUUAGCAUCACCGCGAGGACACUCGUUAUCAGUUUAGAAGUUAACCAAGGACUGGCUGUAUUUCCAGGAACACAGAAGGCCAUUACUUCUGAUGUAUUAAAAGUCGUAAGUAAUGAUGAGGGGAUGAUGAGGAACAGGACCAUAACAUUUAAUAUUGCAAGUCCGCCAAAACAUGGAAAGAUCUUAAAGUUAAUUUCUGGAAAUGCAAAGGAGGAAGUAUCCGGCUUUACCCAAGAAAUGGUAGAUGAAGGAAUAAUAAUUUACAGUCACACAGAUAGCGAGUCUCUCAUUUGGAGCACGCAGGAUUCAUUUACAUUUACUGCCUCCUCUCCACCGGCCGCCCUGACUCCGCAUGUGUUCCAAGUCACAAUAUCCUAUGAUACUACCGAUCCAAACAGACAGACGCAUUUUGUAGCCAACACAGGUGCUCUGGUGGAGGAAGGAGGUAGAGUCCUCAUCGAUAAGUCAAAGUUAGAUGCAACAAACCUUUUAGCAAAGCUUCCAGAGUCCCAGCGUCCUUCCUACGAAGUCUGGUACCAGGUGAUUGGAAUGCCCAGUCAUGGAGUGAUUAUUGUUGGAGAUCGGAACAUUACAAAGGAAAAACCCAACUUUUCACAGUACAUAAUUAAUAAAUUUGGCAUUACGUAUGUUCACGAUGGUUCAGAAUCACUCAAUGAUAAUUUUACUUUUGCCACAUGGCUAAAUUUGAAAAGCAAGUCCGCAGUAAAACCAGAAGUGGGUGUAGCUGAGGAGGUGUUCAAUAUCUCCAUCAUUGCAGUGAAUGACCAGGCUCCAGAACUAAAGACAAAGAGACCAUCUUUAAAAGUUCUGCAAGGCAAGACCGUGGCUAUUGGACCUGACAACCUAAAUGUUGAGGAUUUGGAUAACCCUCCAGAGGAUAUCAAAUACACAGUUAUAAGCCCCCCAAAUAAUGGUUUUCUAGCAAAACACAACAUUUUGAAUGCUUCCAUCGAUCACUUUACACAAGCGGAUAUUAAUGGCGGUAGCCUGUGGUUUGUGCAAGAUGGAAGCGCAUCUUCUGGAGUAUUUUAUUUUAGUGUGACAGAUGGCAAGCACAAGCCAUUGUAUAAACUUUUUAAUCUGGAAGUGACGCCUGUUUCAAUCACCUUUGUUAACAAAACAAAUCCAAUCCUUCCUCAAGGACAAACCUUUGUGACCAUAACAAAUACCCAUUUAGCAGCUGUAACGGAUGGAAAGAGCACCAAGAUCAUUUAUGACGUGGUACAUGCGCCUACUUUUGGUAGUCUCUUAAUCGACAACACACCUGUGGCCACAUUUGAUCAAGCUGACAUAGAGAAUGGAAAAUUAAUCUACCGUAUCGAAGACCUUAAUGCAACUCAAGACAGUUUUCAGUUUGAUGUUUUUACUUCAGAAAGUAACCUCACAGGUCAGUUGCUGAACAUCACUGUGGUGCCUCUCCUGCGUGUGGCAUCAGGGCUCAAAAUACCAUCUGGGACACGUUACAUUUUAACAACAAGAGACCUGGAUGCAACUGAGCUGGGCAAUUUGACAGACAGUGAUCCAGAAUUCCAUUUACUUGAUGCUCCGGGUUAUGGGAGACUUGUGCGUAGAACAAGUCCUCAAAAGCACAUUUUUGAAGAUAUUGAAAUGUUCACUCAGAGUGAAGUUGGUUCAGGUUAUGUACUCCUGGAUGUAAAUGCCAAUGUAACAGAUGUUGAAACUUUGAAUGAUUCCUUUACCUUUUUACUUAAGGCAGAUAAUGUCCCCCCUGCAGUAGGAGCUCUCCUGUAUUCCGUUGUGCCUUAUGAUCCAGUUCUUGUCCAAGCUGUGACUGUGGAUGAUCCUCUCUUUACUACUACUGCUGCGUUGCUGAGCGUUUCAGCUUCCUUCGAGAAAAAGACCCCAAAUUACUUUCCAAAUAGUACUUACACGGAUGCUCCUGUAAAGAGCGUGCAGAGAUUGGGUAAUCGGAAUCGAUGGGGAAACUGGAAAGAUGAGGAUCUUCUUUCGGUGGGAAUUCAAACCACCAGUCCUUCUGUAAGGGUGACCACGGUUAAGUCGGUUGCUGUAAGCCCCAAAUCAGAGCUAAGUCAAAACAGUAGUGCAUUACCCAUAGUUAUUCCACUUGUGGUUUUUGCUGUCCUAGUGCUUGCAGCCAUUUUCUUUGUUUGGUUAGUGAUUCUGAAACGGAAGGCAAAAAAGUCAGAGCCGCAUGUAAGAAGCCACUCGUACAGCGUUGUACCUCAGAUGCCCAGUCCCUACACCGAAAGAAGUGUAACUGUACCAACUGUUACAGUAACCCCUCUACUGAAAGGGCCUGAAUCCAGCUCAAGCCCUGUACUGGCAGCCAGACACGAACACGUACAAACCAGGUCUGAUCCAUCUCUCGGCAUCAACGCUCAGCAGAAAUCCUUGUUGCAGAUGGAUCCUGAAAUGGUGCAGCUCUGUCGAACAACACACCCCACGCUGAAAACCAAUCAGUAUUGGGUGUAGAGGGACAACCUAGUUUGUAUUCUAUAAAUGGCUAUAUUUUUAUAUUUUACUGAAAGCUCAGCUUUAUUUAUUUUAUAGGAAUAUGUUUUGUAUGGUAAAACAGAGAAUUGCUAAUUCACACUGCCAUUGCCAUGUAACUGAACUACCGCUUGUUGGCAUCUGAAGGCCAUGAGGGUACGUAAGAUCACGGAGUUGUAUCUAAAACUGCAAAGGAAUGUAAUGUUAAUUCUCAUAAUUUUAUAUACUCUAUGGAAAUGCACAUUCUCUGGUUAUGUAUAGGAUAUAUAUAUAUGUGUGUGUGUGAGACUGGAUGGGUAAGAGCACUCGCAGGAAUUUCCAGAAUAUACAAACAUUUCCAUUUAUUGUGUCAAAA